AUGGGUUGGUUUGAUGGCGACUCGGACCAGGCUCAGGCCUACGACCAGGUCAAGAACCGUCCCCACGAAGCUCAGUGGUCUCACGAGCUCAUCGGCGGUGCUGCCGCCUAUGAGGCCGCCAAGGCGUACGAGGAUCACGUUGCCCGCAACGGCCAGCCUGAUAGUCACGCCAGGGCCAAGGAAAUCCUUGCCGGGGCCAUUGGCUUCUUUGUUGACCGCGAAGUUGAGACCAAGGGCUUGGACUACAUUGAUCGUGAGAAGGCUAAGCGCCAUGCCCAGCAGCAGGCCGAGCAGGGACUCAGCACCGAGGGCCGAUGGUAA